AUGGCUCAAGCGCCGUUAGGUGCCAGCGCGCUAGGCGCCAACGCAGCAAGCGCUGGCGCGUUAGUCGCCAACGCGCUUGGCACCAGCGCGCAAGGCACCAGCGUGCAAGGGGCCAGCUCACAAGGCGCCAGAGCGCAAGGCGCCAGCGCGCAAGGCGCCAGCGCGCUAGGCGCCAGCGCGUUAGGCGCCAGCGCGCUAGGCGCCAGCGCGCAAGGGGCCAGCGCGCAAGGCGCCAGCACGCUAGGCGCCAGCGCGCAAGGCGCCAGUGCGCAAGGCGCCAGCGCGCUAGGCGCCAGCGCGUUAGUCGCCAGCGCGUUAGGCGCCAGCGCGUUAGGCGCCAGCGCGUUAGGCGCCAGCGCGCAAAGCACCGGCGCGUUAGGCGCCAGCGCGUUAAGCACUACCGCAGCAAGGCGGCAGCGCGCUGCGAGGUGCCGGCGCGCUGCAGAAAGGCGCCAGCGCGUUGCCGCAUCAUGCGCUAGCGCGCUGAAGCAGCAAGGCGCCGACGCGCAAGCCACCAGCGCGCUGCUGCAGCAAGGCGUCAGCACGCAAGCUGCCAGCGCGCUGCCACAGCAGGGAGGAUAUCACUAA